UCUAUUUAAUCCCCAAUCUUCUUUCUUCCUCCUCUUCUCCUCUCUCGCUCUCUCUCUACAAUCUCAACCUCUGUAUCUCCCCAUACUCCGCCAGAUUCCGGUGGCCCCACUUCUCUCUUCGCCGUCCGUACAGUCCGAUACAUCAUCAUCCCAAUCGGUUCGGGCCACAGCUACCUGGAUCCGAUGUCAUCUAUCGAAUCUAAGCCUCUAACCUAACCCCCAAUCCCCACCCCAUCUCCUUCCAAUUCACAAAUAAUUAUUUUUCUUUUUCAAAUUUCCUUUUGUUUCUCUAAAAAGGCAUUUUUCUUCUUCUUUGUUUUCUUUGUGAAAUUACAUUUCUGACUCUACAAAUCCCCACUUCUGGCGUUUUAAAAAAGAGUCCUCCGGUACCUGAUUUGACGCAUUUGUCCCCCGGCAACGAAUCCCCACUUGACGGUUUUGCCCACUCUGGCUUUUUUCCAUUUCGAGGUUCGUUCGCUGACGUGGCAUGGAGUUUUAAAAUCACAUCUUUCAAAACUUAAAGAUGAGUUUCCAACAAAGCCAUAGCCGUAGGAUCGUGCCACCUGGCGCAUCCAGAAAGCGAAAGGAGAGACAAGCCAAUGCCUCGUCCAACGGCUUUAAACAGCCGGCUCCAAAGGCUCCAACCCCAAGCCAAACGACAGCUCCGACUUUGUCGUCGAAUCGGCUGCUGGCGGGCUACAUGGCGUACGAGUAUUUAACGAAGGGCACGCUGUUCGGUCAGAAGUUCGACCCGGCUCGAGCCGAGGCGGUGCCGCUGAUGAGCUCGUCAGCCGAGCCGAGGAGGGGGAAGUCGGUCGAAGCCGGGAAAGUCGGGGCGGGCUCAGGUUCGGGUGUGGGUGCGGCGCAGGAGAGUUACGCUGAGGUGGCGAGCAUGUUGAAGACGGAUGGGGCCCACAUUCCGGGGAUUGUGAACCCGACGCAACUGGCGAAGUGGAUUCAGAUGUGACAACGGGGAUUAUAUAUAACGGGCCUUUGUGUUGUUGCGUAAGUUGGGGACGUGGCGCUUGGUGAUUGGCUGGAUGGUUUUGGUCCACGUCAGCUAGUUGGUGUAGUAGUUGAUAGUAAAAAGAAGCGGCUGAGUUUCCGAUUCAAAACAAAGCGCAGGAUUUCGUGAACAGUGAGAGAGUAAGUGAGUGUGAGAGAGUGUGAAGGUGGCGAGUGAGAUCAAAACCAUUUCUCUCUCUCGCUCUCUCUCUCUCUCUCUCUUCUGUUUGUGAUGACGAUAAUGUCUGCGUUUUGGGUUUUGUUGUAUUUAUUUGUAGGAGGAUGAAGAAGAAGAAGACGAAGAAGAAAUUAAGAGAGAGAUGACAGAAUGCACGUCUGCUGUGUGAAGAUCGGAGCCAUUUGAAUUUCCGGUGCUUAAUCUGUUGUUCUUGUCGAUUAGCUUAUUUAAUCUAUAUAUUUAAGGUCGAUCUUCGACAAUUAUAUAUCUGUGUUUGUGAGUUCUUUGUUU